UGUGAACGCACAUCAUUUGGCUGGUUCACGACGCGUACGGCAACACCUGCUUCGAGAGAGCAAGGAGGCCCGGGGAGCAAUGGUAAUACUUGUCAUCGUUGUGUAGUCAUCAUACAAUCAGUUUGACCUUCAAAGAGGAGAGGGUGCACCUGGCUGAUCAUCCCGUUGUGUGAAGGGAGUCCGUGAGCCUCAACAUGUUCACCAGCAACAGCCCCGCAUUCCAGGCGAAUUUUAGUAACAUGAAAGCCGCGCCUCACGAACCCAAUAUCACCUGAUUCAGAAAAGAUCAUCUCUAUCGUGCGGCAAAGAUCUCAGUCGAACUCUCGACGACCUCAAGUCAUCAUGGACGACAAUGGAUGAGUCGGACACCAUCGGGGAAGAUGUCGUUUUCGAUAGCGAUGAAGAUCGCGACGACGUAGACGACAGCUUCUUGGUCGAUGAUCCGAACGACAGAAAAGCAGACAUUGUUCCAUUCUGGCAGACACCUCUACCCGUCGAGCAAAGCCGCAUCACCAGAUCACCUCAAGGAAAUGACACACAGGACAACUGGAUUGUUUAUCGAGACUCCGGGAUAUUGGAAGGCGUGGUUGGUGUCCAAGACGGGCCAUGGAUCAGGCUGCUACAAAUCCAUCCUGGGCACUGGACUGAUCCCAUCUGCUGUGAUCUCAUAAGGCGGCCUUUGUUUGAUGCCCCUCCAUACGAUGCUUUGUCCUAUUCUUGGGGAGGUGCCGCUCCCUGUACAUCACAUAUUCUCCUAGGCAAUGGUCAAGCGCAAUUCUUCAUCUCGUUCCAUCUAUGGGCAGCUCUGCGCCGUAUGCGUCGUUCAGACGCCAAGACGAAUGUAUGGGUUGAUGCUAUCUGUAUCGAUCAGCAAAACUUUGUCGAGCGCGCUGCUCAAGUAAAUAUUAUGGCGCAGAUUUAUGGAGAGGCUCGACACGUUAAAGUCUGGCUUGGUUUCCAUGACCUUGACUACCAGAACAUACCGGACUCGGCACUAUUUUGGUUCCUGGUCCAAGUGGACUAUCCUUGGUGGACAAGGUUAUGGAUUCUACAGGAAUGUGCAUACGCCAAAAGCUGCCCUGAAGUGAUGAUCGGCGCCAACGAUGUCGAGCUGGGAAAUUUGAUUGAGAGAUGGGCGGCUGCAAUGAAGUUCUUCGAGCCGGCGGGCAAAAACAGGGGAUAUGGCAUUCCAUUGAAGGACAAGGAUUUUGCAAAAAAUCGCAAGUCGAUUGGAAACGAUCCGGACUACCCAAUCAAUGAGGAAACAUGCGUUGCCAUGCGGUCUGCUCUGAAAUACUUGCGAGUUCCAUAUCAAGCCUGGCGAGCCCAACAGAGCGGGAUGAACCAUCGUCUGCCUUUACUUGUUCGCCUCCGAGAGUGCGCAGAACACGAAUGCUCGGAUUUUCACGACAGGAUAUACGCAUUACUCAAUCUGAUCGACGAGAACGAAGCAGAAAAAUUGCAGCCCGACUACCGAAUAACGUUGCCGGAGCUGUUUGAACAGGUUAAAAAUGUAGUUUCAUCCUGCGCGGAAUGGAACCCCCAACGCGACAGUACGAUCACAUCCCAUGGCAUGUUUCCUCUCAAGCCUGCUAAGGGGACGCGGCCCCCAAAGAUGGAGACCAGAUUCAUCCUGGCUGCAAGGGCAGGUGACGUCUUGGCCAUGGACUUCAUCAUAAAAUACGCUACCCCAAUGACCGGAAGCGCUCGUUUCUACUGUCUUGCGCUGAAGGCCGCCACCGCCAAUGGCAGAAGAGAUGUGAUCGACAAAUUGUUGAGAUUGAGUCAGACCCAGUCCACUGCCGAUGCUGACGAUGUUGUGGAUAACAUAUUCACUGAUCGGGAAAUAGGUGGUGAUUCUCGCUUUGCAAUAUUGAAGACAUUAAUUCAGCAUCAAGACACAUUUCGGUUCACUGGUUCAAAUAUGUUGCGCCACGUCAUCCGAAAUCAACGUGCGAUGGAACUGGACCUUCUCCUCGAUGCAGGCUUCGCUCUGGAUGCCGAAGCUGCACUUGACCAAGCGGCUCUGGCGGCUGCUCUUACUUCGGGUCGUACCGGCCGAUUCGUGCUUCGUCAACUCCUAGACCGGGGCGCAGUUCAUCAUUGGCGACUGGAAAUCUUAGAUGACAUUUAUCUUGGACCGGUCUUUGAGGAAGCUUCGUCGGAAUACUCAAAGAUGCUUGUUGAAAGCAUUCACGAGUCAGAGACCAUUCUGCGGAUCUUUGUGUGCUUGAGCGACUUUGCCAAGGAUGGUCUAUGUUGCCAACUUCUGGCAGCACUACAGCUAAGUGAUAAGUUGGCCUUGCUCAAUGAGGAGCAGCGAACUUCAUUGCUAGAAUUGUUCUGCCGAGCAGGACUGGCUCAGUCAACAGAGGCACUGAUCCUCCAUAUCAAAGCCGUGAGCAGACAAGACCCUCAAUUUGGCAAUGCCUUGGAAGAAGCAUGUACGAGCGGAGUCGUGGCCGUGGCUGAACUGCUAAUCAGUCAUGGAGCGGAUGCGGAAUGCCAAGGCGGCCGAUGGGCCAGUCCGCUCGCAGCAGCAUGCAAGACCGUUCAUUUGGCAAUCAUGGAGUAUUUGCUGUCGAAGCUGCCCAUUGCCGAUAACGAGAAAAGGAGAGCGUGCUAUGACGAGGUUCGCCGCGGCAUCUCAGCGACUGUCAGGAAUGCUGCAAGGAGUCACGCCUUGUCUGGCCUCUAUGCGACUGGGCGGGGGCCAUCGCUAACAAGCGACAACAUGCCGACACCCGCUACAUCCAAGAACACAUUGUCCUUUGGAACUCCUUUACAAGCUGCUGUCUUAACAGGAGACACUCAGCUUGCAACAAUGUUAUUGAAUGCGAAAGCCAACGUGAAUGACCCAGCAGGCAACUUCGGCACGGCGCUGAACGUCGCUGUCUUCACUCGGGAUCUUGACAUGAUGGAGUUGCUUCUCAAGCGAGGGGCAGAUCCUAAUGAUCAUCCAUCUUAUAGUAGCCCAUUGAACACUGCUCGAAUGUGGGGAUCACAGGACGCUGUUCUGUGUCUACUACGAUACGGCGCGCGGAUUGAAGAAUCCGACUAAAUAUUAAAUACUCAAAUAUACAAUUCAGA